AUGUCGUCACAAGAAAGAACUCUCUCGACCUCCCAAUGCGCCCUCCUGCCCAGGUCCAAGAUAGACACCGACGCCGUAGAGCAGAUCGCUGGCCUUGACGCGAUUACCCUUGAACCGCUUGUUCCGGAUCUUCUGCGAUGGAUUCAAGACGCAAAUUGGCCCAUAGCCUGGCCAAUUAUAGAACUGCUCCGAAAGCAUCCAUUGCUUUUGGUGGAACCAAUUCGCAAAAUCCUGCGAGAUGAAGCUGGUGAGAAGGAUGACGGGGAGUGGAAGUACAACUGUUUGGCUUCUCUCGUGGCGGAGAUGGAUACGGAACACAGGAUUCUGUUCAAAGAAGAACUGGCGAGAAUGGCUAAGUCUCCAACGCUCGAUGAGAAGGAGUGGGAGACCGCUGCUACAGCGAAGGCCAUUCUAGAGGAGUUUGGGGUCACGUUUAAAGCAGACGACAAGUCGCCAAACAAUAAUGAAUCGUUUGAAAGCUAA